GCUUUAUGCGGUCGUUGCAAUGACAACGCGUACAGUGCCGAAUCGCUGCCUAUGGCGGGUAAGGUGUGGCAUCGUCGUUGUUUCUCGUGUGCUGAUACAAAAUGCCGAAAAAAACUCGAGAGCACAACUUGUUGUGAUGCUGGAAUUCCAAGAGGGUAGCUGUCACAAAUGCGGGAACCCUGUGUUUGAAGCCGAGAAGAUUCCAAGUAGUAAUCACGUCUAUCACAGAAAUUGCUUCGUCUGUUUUGAAUGCGGUAUUCGACUCGAGUCAACGACUGUAAAUGAUCAUGAACACGGCAUCUACUGCAGCG